AGCCAACUGCAAUCCAGAAGCACUAUUAGCUAGCUUAAAGGGUUCAUUUAUUGUAAAGCAUCACCAUGUCUGGCUCCAACAACUUGAAAGUAUUUUCUUCCCCUGAGCGCUACGUGCAAGGACGCAAUGCUACCCAUCAAUUGGGAAAUGAGAUGAAAAAGCUGGCCAUGAAGGGUCCAGUGGUGGUUGUGACGACGGCUACCCCCAAGAAAUUGCUGGGCGAAGCUUGGACGACUUCUUUGAAAGAUGCCGGAUACGAGCAUACCGAACUAUUGUUUGGAGGAACCUGCACAGCUGCGGAAGCCCAACGCAUUGCCGACCAUGCCGUGACGCAGAAUGCCAAAACCCUGGUGGCCUUUGGAGGAGGACAGAUCAUUGAUGCCGUUCGAGCUGCCGUUGGAUUGGUGGGAGAUGGCAGUGUUUGCGAAUUCGUUUCUUGUCCCACGGUCGCUUCCACCGAUGCUCCUUGCUCGGCCUUGUGUGUCAUGUACCACGAAGAUCACAGUUUCCACGAGUACCGAUUCAUGUGCCGUCAUCCCACACUCGUCUUGGUCGAUACCACGGCUGUGGCCAAGUCUCCCGUUCGUAUGCUCGUGGGAGGACUCGGAGAUGCCUUGGCGACGUACUACGAAGCCAGGACCGUUCACGAAGCUCACGCCGACAAUUUUCUAGGAGGGAAACAAACCGAGACCGCCAUUGCCCUUAGCAAGUUGUGCUGUGAUAUUCUCCUCGAGGAUGGACCCGCCGCCGUCGAAUCCUUGUACUGUCAAGCUGUCACACCGGCUCUGGAGCGCGUCGUGGAAGCCAACACCCUUCUCAGUGGUUUGGGAUUUGAGUCCGGAGGACUCUGUGUCGCUCAUUCGGUGCACAAUGGGCUCACAUCUCAAAAAGAGACGGCAACCUACACUCACGGACAAAAGGUUGCCUUUGGCAUUUUGACCCAGCUCAUUUUGGAAGGUCGUCCCCGCGAAGAACUCGACACUGUCUUGGAGUUUAACCACAAGGUAGGACUCCCCUUGGUCCUUUCCGGUCUCGGCGUGGAUGUCAGCUCGGAGAAAGCCGUUUGCGAAAUUGCAGAACGGUCCUUGGCACCGGGCGAGUCGGCUCACAAUGAACCCUUUGAAGUGACGGUGGACAUGAUGGUGGAUGCCAUUCGCGCCGCUGACCAGGCGGGAGCCAAGUUUUUGAAAGAAAAGGAAGUAAGCAAAUGACUAGAUAGAUUGAGCAUGUGAUGUGAUCUGAUGCGGCCCCUAAUGGUUUGGCAGUGGGAAAGCAAUAAAAGCGCCGUUCUAGUAGUGAAAAGAAAUGAUAAAUGAGAUAUAGAGG